UUUUUUUAUUCUAUUUUCUUUCAAACACAACGCUCAUUCUUUCUUCACUCACUCACUCACUCUCUCUCUUUUCUGUCUCUUCAUUUAAAAAAUAAACCACACCUUGACGAUUCGUUUUGAGUAACUCUUUUGUCUCAGGCCAUGAAUACAGCAAGGUCUCCGUCUAGGAACCAACACAAUACAAACAACAAUAGCAUGGGCUCAAACUACAACAUCUAGGCGUGCCAAAGUGGCCAGCAUGGCACAAAUGGACAUCUCAUCUAUUCCACUCACAACCAAACCCAUAACAACUCGGUCAGCUUCUUUACCAGGUUCUACCACUGCUACGCCUACUAGCAACCCGAGGGACGGUGGCUCUGUCACCUCAGAUGAUGGUACUGUCUCUGAAGACUCUGAUCUAACUCGGGACGACAUCUUACACCUAUUGUCAGGCGGUCAGGCCGGUGUGGCUGGUGGUAUCAGCUUACCCUUCGAUGGUUCCAGUCGGCAUAGCAACAGCACCUCAACAUCCAAAGUCGGUGUGGUAGGAGCCGGUUCCGGAGGAAGCACAGGUCGGCCGCGAACAGGCGAGUACGGUUGGAUACAUACGGAUGGCAGCAGUUAUACCAGUGGCGGCGGAGGAGAUGACGCAUCCUCUGCAAUUAGUGUGAACUCCACAGUCUCUACCUCGACUCAUCUGACUACCCGAUCAAACAAGGGUAACAUUUCCGCAGCGGCAGCAGCUAAUGCAGCAGCCAAUAAACAAGCCGAAGACAGUCGGCCCUCACUUCUAUCGAUCAACCAAUCCCUUGAGACUACUGUUCGGAAACAAGCAAGUAGAGUCCAAGAGCUCGAAACGCGAUUACAGUCUGAUGAUCAGGUCUUUAAACGACUGUGUUUCUCGAUUGAGCAAAUGAUCUGUGAGGCUAAGCAGGCUUUAGACCAAGCGACAAAAUCCACUGGUAUGCGAGUUUUUCGCUUUAUGAAAGACGAUGCUGAAGAUCAAGAUGACGACGAUACUCAAUCUGUAGAUCAGGAUCAAGAGGAGCACGGAACGAGCAAUAGAUAUUCAAUAGAGGCCACGAGGCAAUAUGAAGAUAGCACAGGUCAGAAAUUACAAAACAGCAAUCCUAAUGGCGAAAAUAACAGGUCCUCAUUAGCAUCCCCUCUCAGUAACA